AUGAAUACAGGAGGACAUAGACCUAUUACCCGUUCUAUGACACGUGCCUCACGUUCUCAACCUAAUAAUAAUAUUCAACAAUUACCGACGGUGACUCGUUCUAGACGUGGACGAAAACCGACAAAUGCUUCAGUAAGAUUCGAAAAUAUCCAACAGGUUGAACAUGCUGCACAAGUAAACGAGCAACCUGCGGAAGAAAAUAGAGUUGAGGACAUGUCUGCUGAGCCUUAUAUAAUCUCAACAGAAGAGCAGCCUGAACCUGAAACUAUUAAUGUAACAACUAGUCCGGAGCGUGUUCCUAGACAAUCAGUAGUCGUAGAAAAUAAUAUCUCAGCAGAUCAAGCAUCGGAUAACAAUCAAAGAAUAAAUGACAGGAUAUUGCGAGAAAAUCCUGGGCGCUUAAAUCAAGUGUUAUUAAUACAGUUAGAAACUAAUGAAGUUCCUGCUAGAACUGAUACAGGAGAAGCUCCUAUAAGCAGUGGAAAAAAGAGAAAGGUUGAUGCUGAAAACGAUGAUCUGGAAGCCAAACGGGUAAAAAAAAAAAAAAAACCCAAGAAGUUUGGGAAAAAUGGGAAAGCUAAAGAGAAACGCAAAGCUCGUAUUAAAACGAUCUGUUCAAAAAAAAUUCAAAUACGCAUUGAACGCGCUGAAACACAAAAAAUGUACUUGAUUUCCCGCACUAUAGUUAGUCAAUUUCAACAAAACUUCAUUAUCAUGGGGCCAACUGGCAUCGUUUAUACUGUUGUAAUUUCACAUGUGCCAAAUUGCACUUGCAUAGACUUCAAAACCUUCAAACCUUGUAAACAUAUUCUUUUUGUUUACCUUAAAAUUUUGAGCUUGCCACGAGACAGCAAAGACAUAUUUCAAAUUGCGCAUUUAACUAAAGAACUUCAUGUAAUCUUUGCAAAAACAAGGAGAAUGCUCGAUCCAAGAGUAAUGGCUAGCUAUAGAAUUCGUAGACGAUAUAGAGCGUACAUUACAGGAGCAGCUUGUCAAAAACGCCGGCCGAUUGAAGGAGGAGAUUGCGCUAUCUGUUAUGAAAAGUUUGAUGAAAAUGACGAUAAUAUCGUCUGGUGUCAAAAAGGAUGCGGCAACAACCUUCACAAAGCCUGCUACGAUCAAUGGAAGAGAACAAGAAGUGGAAUUGUUACUUGUGUUUAUUGUCGUGACAUGUGGUUGGAAGAUUCUACGAAAUUUUCAAUAAACAAAGAAGGAUUUGUGCACUUUGGAAACUUUGGACCUAUAUAA